CGUUAGGUAGCCAGGCGGGCGUGCCCAGCUCACAGUGUCUGCUGCAGGCUGCUCGAGAGCAACCUUCCGCGUCGCCUGUGUCUUGUUCCGUCGCCUCGCUCCAUACUUCUCCCUCCACCCUCCUCAAGGGAUAGCAACUGGCUAUCCCUAAUUUGUGGGAAACAUGACUUGGCACAGAGACGAUGUGUUGCUGAUGGUGCCGAACCUGGUCACCUACGCCACACUCACCACCCUCAUCGCUGUCACCCUCGUCUGGUUCUUCAAGAGGCAGCAGAAGAUCUGGCUAAUUGAACAGAUCCCCGGGCCUAAGGCGCUCCCCAUACUAGGCAACGCUCUGGAGGUUAAUGUGGAACCACGAGAAUUAUUCCAAUUGAUACAAUGUGGAAGUUACAUGUGGAGUCUGCGGGGUCCGCUCUUCAGAGUCUGGGCCGGAACUACGCCCUUAGUCCAGCUGGUCCAGUGUAGCGCUGCAGAGGUGAUCCUCAGUAGUUCUAAGCACUUGGACAAAAGCCGUGACUACACCUUUCUUCACCCAUGGCUUGGUACCGGUCUUCUUACCUCCACAGGAAGCAAGUGGCACUCUCGCAGGAAGCUACUGACUCCAGCCUUCCACUUCAAGAUCCUGGAGGACUUUGUGGAGGUGUUCAACAAUCAAGGCAAUAUAAUGGUGCAAAAGUUACAGAAGAAGUCGGAUGGGAAGCCCUUUGACAUCUUUCCCUUCAUCACACUGUGUACCCUCGAUGUUAUCUGUGAGACAGCAAUGGGGUGCAACAUUAAUGCUCAAGAUAACAGUGAAUCAGACUAUGUUAAGGCUGUAUACAGAAUUGGUGCGUUAAUACAACAACGACAAGCGCGGCCGUGGCUGCAGCCUAAUAUUCUUUUCAAGCUUCUUGGAUAUGCGAAAGAACAUGAUGCCUGCCUCAAAAUACUUCAUGAUUUUUCAAAUGAAACUGUGAGAAGCAGACGUAAAGAAUACCAAGAGGUAAAGAUGAAGAAGAGUGCAACACCUGAUGACGACGAUGCUAUUGGCAAGAAGAAGCGCUUAGCCUUCCUGGACCUGUUGCUGGAGUACUCCGAGAAGGAGACUGCACUCUCCGAUGAGGACAUCCGGGAGGAAGUUGACACGUUCAUGUUUGAAGGUCAUGACACUACGGCCGCUGCUAUCAACUGGUCACUCUACUUGAUUGGUUGCUAUCCGGAAAUCCAGGCACGGGUACAUGAAGAGCUGGAUUCAAUUUUCGGUGAUUCAGACCGUCCAGUGACCAUGGCUGACCUCCGUGAGAUGAAAUUUACAGAAAACUGCAUCAAAGAGGCUCUGAGACUCUUCCCUUCCGUGCCUCUCCUAGCCAGGGAGCUGAAGGAGGAGGCUGUCAUUGACGGUUACCGCAUCCCAGCCGGCACCACAGUCAUGAUUGUGACUUACCGCCUUCACCGCGACCAGGAGCAGUUCCCCAAACCAGAAGUAUUUGACCCAGAUCGUUUUCUACCCGAGAAUGUUGCCAAGCGUCACCCCUAUGCCUAUAUUCCUUUCAGUGCUGGACCCAGGAACUGUAUUGGCCAGAAGUUUGCACUUAUGGAGGAGAAGAUCCUGUUGAGCAGCAUUCUUCGCAAGUUGCGUGUUGAGAGUGUCACGAGGCGAGAGGACCUCCUCAUUCUUGGAGAACUCAUUCUUAGACCAGAAAAUGGCAACACAGUUAAGCUUUUCCCCAGGCUAUUUGUGCAAACCUUCUUGUACCAGAAAUACUCCUGCAUAUUUGUUGAGAAUUUUACUGCUCUUACUCCCCAGCCUGAGAGUGGGCUCCCUAGUGUACAUCUGAUCAAUCAGGUUAUUGCUGGUCACAGCUCGAAUAUUGUUUGUGGCCACGAGAGCGGCAACAUGUCGUGGCUGCCAGAAGAUGCGAUGAGGUUCCAGAGGGACUGGUUCACUUUCCUCGGCAUCACCAUCAUAGUCACCUUCAUUAUCUUCUGGUUCUUCGGCAGGAUGCGCAAGAGCAGCCUGCUGGACAAGGUGCCGGGUCCCUCACCUUUCAGCCUCGUGUCAACUGUUCGCAACAUUCUGGACGACUCCUCAGUCUUAUUUAGUCACGUGAUCGCAAACAGUUACAUCUGGGGCACUAGGGGUGCCAUCUACCGCAUUCGCUUCGGACCAAUCGACCGUAUCAACAUUGUCAAGGCCUCGGCUGUUGAGACAAUCCUGAGCAACACUGCCCACCUUGACAAGAGCGCAGACUACAACUUCCUUCAUCCCUGGCUGGGGACAGGACUUCUGACUUCCACUGGCAGCAAAUGGCACUCCCGCAGGAAACUGCUCACUCCUGCCUUCCACUUCAAGAUCCUUGAAGACUUCUUGGAGGUCUUCAACAACCAGAGCAAGACGCUGGUCCACAAGUUGCAACACAAGGCUGAUGGGAAACCUUUCGACAUCUUCCAAAACAUUACUCUCUGCACGCUUGAUAUCAUUUGUGAAACGGCGAUGGGUCAAGUCAUCAAUGCCCAGGACAACAGCAACUCAGAAUACGUUAAAGCUGUCAACAGGAUGACCGCACUGGUGCUCCAGAGGAUAGCUCGCCCCUGGGAACACUCUGAGUGGAUCUUCGAGCUGGUGGGGUCCGCCAAGAAACACAGAGCAUGCCUCAAAGUCCUCCAUGACUUCUCCAACAGCGCCAUCAGAAAGAAACGUCAAAUGAAGGACAACAAGAGUGAAGAGAUGACUUACAGUGAUGAUGAUAAUGCUAUUGGCAAGAAGAGGCGCCUGGCCUUGCUAGACUUGCUGCUGGAGAGUUCGUGUGAGGGUGCGCCGCUCUCUGACGAGGACAUCCGGGAGGAGGUGGAUACCUUCAUGUUCGAGGGCCACGACACCACCACCGCCGCCAUCAACUGGAUUCUCUACCUCAUCGGAUCCUACCCACACAUCCAGGCACGAGUACACGCGGAGCUGGAUGGGAUCUUCGGAAGCAGUGAUCGCUCAGCCACUAUGGAAGACCUGCGAGACAUGAAGUACCUGGAGAACUGCAUCAAGGAGGCGCUCAGACUCUUCCCUUCCGUGCCUUUCCUGGCACGACAGCUCAAGACAGACGCUGUUAUUGACAAGUACCACAUCCCCGCGGGCACCCCCGUCAUGAUCAUCACCUACCGUCUCCACCGUGACCCUCAACAGUUCCCCAGGCCGGAGGUGUACGACCCUGACCGCUUCCUGCCAGAGAACGCCUCCAAGCGUCACCCGUACGCUUACGUCCCCUUCAGCGCCGGCCCCAGGAACUGCAUUGGUCAGAGGUUCGCGAUGAUGGAGGAGAAGGUGGUGGUGAGCAGCGUGUUGAGGGAGUACCGCGUGGAGAGCGCGGUGAGGCGCGAGGACCUCGCCCUCAACGGGGACCUCAUCCUCAGACCCGUCCACGGCAACAUCCUCAAGCUCUUCCCGAGGGCCCCACCUCCACCGCCUGGCACACCGAGUCAUGAAUGAUGAAUCUGUAAACAUCUCGCUGAUUCGUCCUCGGGUGAUUAGGAUAUACGGUGUGGGGGGCCUCUAUUGGCAGUCAGCAGACGAGGGAAUGCCAUUUUUCAGCCCAUCCUCCUGUUAUGGCAGCACUUAUAGUAGCGAUGACGACCAUAGUAUAUAUACCGACGUACAGCUAAAUUAGAAAGUAGAAAUCUGAACUAUUUAGACAAACUGGAAAACUAUUUAUUUACUUGUGAUUCUUUGACAAAUUAAACUAUCCUAGCCUCUCUAGGCCUAAUACACGAUAUCUGAGGCCUAAUAUAGUACAUAUAUGUGUGCUAUACUAGGCCUAGGAAUAUUUGAUUUUGUUUGAUUUUGAUUUUUGAAA